AUGUCUAGUUCAUCAUCAUCAGCCUCUAAUGACGAUUACGAAUCAAACGAUUACGAAGUACUCAAUAAUGCUGUUACGCAAAUGAAUGUUGUUUUCAAUCCCCAAGCCAUAGGUGCGUGUGUUAACGUUAUCUUUGAAGAAGAAGAAAACCAACACCAAGAAGCGUCAAGUUCUUCAACACCCAAGUUUACUAGAAGGGUGAUCUCGCGAGAUCACGUGGGUGCCGCAAAGCUUUUAUACGAUCAUUACUUUGCGCCUAACUGCACUUACCCACCUGAUAUGUUUCGUAGAAGGUUCCGAAUGCGAAAGGAAAUGUUUCUGCGCAUAGUGCGAGACAUAAACUCCUUUGAAAGCAGCGAACCACUACCGAAACACUUUCAGUUCUUCCACAAAGGCGCGACAGAUGCUAGUGGUCGUCCCGGUUUCAACAUUUUCCAAAAAUAUAAGUACUUGCAGAUGGCUCAAGAUACGGGCUACCAGUGUUUAGACGCUUUCUGCAAAUGUGUGAUACACCUGUAUCAACAAGAGUACUUUAGAAGGCCAACAGAAGCAGAUAUCGAGCGGUUAACUGCCAAACAUGAGCAGGUUCAUGGUUUUCUGGGAAUGCUUGUGGCAUGGCAAGGGCAGUACACCCGAGGCGACAAGGGACAUCCAACAAUCAUGCUUGAAGCUGUUGCUUCAUAUGAUUUGUGGAUCUGGCAUGCCUACUUUGGUCCCGGUGGUUCGAACAACGACAUCAACGUCCUCAACGAGUCAGAUUUGUUCGACGAUUUGCUAAAAGACAGGGCUCCUAAAGUAGAGUUUUCGGUUAAUGGGGAGCAGUUUACAAAGGGAUAUUACCUAGCAGAUGGUAUUUAUCCAGAAUGGGCUACUUUUGUUAAGUCAUUCAAGUGCCCGAUGGAGCCGAAAACCACCAAGUUCAAAAGAUACCAAGAAGCUGCAAGAAAGGAUGUCGAGCGUGCAUUUAGGGUUCUUCAAGGUCGUUGGGAGAUUAUUGCACGUCCUGCGCGGCCAUAUAGUACCAACAAAAUUAAACGGAUCAUGUUAUGUUGUGUGAUUCUGCGCAAUUACAGAGUUUGA